AUAGUAUCAUGUCCAAAAUCGCUAAACGAAUUAUUUCAAUACCCGAAAAAGUAAAAAUUAAUUUCGGAAAAGGAACCAUUUCAGCCGAAGGGCCGUUAGGUCAAGGCGAGGAAUUAAUUGUUCCUUCCAGUCUGGAAAUCACUCAACAAAAAAACGAGUUGACCACCAAGUCUGACAAUUCGGCUCUGGCUGGCACUUACAAUGCUUUAAUUUUUAAUAUGAUAAAGGGGGUAGUGGAAGGCCAUGAAAAAGUUGUGGAAGUAAAAGGGGUUGGAUAUAAAGUAUUAUUACAAGGGGAAAAGUUAGAAUUUUCUGUGGGAAAGUCGCAUCUUAAUUAUAUGAAUAUUCCGCCAGAAUUGGCGGUAAAAUUAGAAGGCAAUAAAGUAGUAAUUAAAGGCAAAAGCAAGCAAAAAGUUACGAGUCUAGCCGCAGCCAUUAGAAAUCUCCGUCUUCCUAGU